AUGAGGAUAGCUUCGCAAAGAAACUAUAGGAGGAGUAUGGCGUUAAAGUUGGGCUCACAGGCUUCUCUCACUGAGCUUUUCGAUGCUGCAAUCAAGAGAUUUGGAAGAAUUGACAUUGCAAUCAACAAUGUUGGGAAAAUGUUGAAGAAGCCAUUUACGGAAGUGACCGAGGUAGAGUUUGAUGAAAUGGACGUCGUCAACAACAAGGUAGCAUUUUUCUUUAUAUCAGAAUCUAUGAAGAAAGUUGCCGAUGGAGGGCGCAUCAUUAUGCUUGCGAGUUCUCUUUUGGCUGCUUACACUCCAUUUUACACCCCGUAUCAGGGUACUAAGGCAGCCUCUAAGGAGAUGAUGGAAAAGAACAUCACCGUGAAUUGUGUUGCACCGGGACCAAUGGACACUCCGUUCUUGUAUGCGCAAGAGACACCAGAGGCUGUUGAGUUUUUCAAGAGCAGUGCUUUGCAGCAUCGGCUGACUGACAUCAAGGACAUCGUCCCAAUCAUAAACUUUUUGGCGACUGAUGGCGGUUGGAUUACCGGUCAAGUCAUUUUUGCUAAUGGUGGGCUGGCUGCAAAUUAG